AUGCUCUUCACUCGCUUUUACAUUUUCUACGCUCUCGUGUGGACUUGUGCGGCUGGUCCGAUCGCUCGUUCCCUCGAUCCAACUCCAAUCGCUGCCUCUGAAACUGCUUCAACCGGUUCUACUUCAUCGCCUGCUGCGGAGGAAACUCAAGGAAUCUUGACUGUCAUUCCUGUCACGCCAUCAUGGCUACUUUCUUCAUCAGUACCGGUGGAGACAUCGUAUACAUCUUCAUCCUCGGUUGACUUAACCCAGUCUGCCGCCGAAUUGUCCUCUACACGGAGCGAUGAGCGAACAAUGCCUCUUAUCGUGUACACAUCAUCUGCAACGCCUACAUCAGAAGCUGUCACCCCAUCUUCAGCACCCGUCAGUGAAACUUCAAGCUCCUCAGAUGCACCAGCAAUAUCUUCGACUUUGACAGUCCUUAGCGAGAGUACCAGUAGCUCUUUACCGAUGUCUGCAUCUCCCCUACCUAGUUCCAAUUCACCUGGAACGAGCAUUUCAUCUGCCAAAAUGACUAUCUCGUCUUCAGCCAGUCCUAGCUCCACAGCUUCGAGCCAUGAAGCAGGAUCUAGCAACUCUGUUCCCUCUCCUCAUGUGGGAGUCUCAGGACGUCCCCGGCCGGGUAGCACUAUGACACCUCACACAGGGAUUUCGGCAUCGACGAAUGCAACCCCGAGAGCGACUACUCACGCAGAUGCUCCGAGUAAAAGUUCUACUGCGUCUCAAGAGUUCACGUCGACCCAUGCGAGUAUUUCCACGUCCCCGGUGUAUGAGACUACCCUCAGCUCAUUAGCUGCAGCGACAACAAGCAUCCCGGUUGGCGUCGUCGGCCUCAUCUCCGACUCGAGAAGUAGCACCAGUCAAUCUAAUCCGUCAGCACUCGUAGCUCCGACUACAACAGUGCCCGCUACGGCAUCAUCGUCUGCUGUCAUAACAUCACCUGUCACAACGGCAUCUUCCACACAAUCGGUAUCAGAAGCCGAAAAAGUGCACACAGUCAUAGGGUCUGUGAUCGUCUGGGUGCCAGGAAGUGGCGAGUCUGCGCUCACUACCCAGACAAUCCUGCCAACUUCUACGAAGCUAUCUAUUCCUCAGACCUCCACCAUUCCGCAGUACGAAACUUCUCCUCCUGCCGAGACCACUACUCCUCAGAUGACAACAUCGAAAACUCUCGAGACUACCGUUCCGCAUGAACCAAGUACCUCCACCUUAACCUCAUCUUCAUACACAACAGAAAGAACCGUAGACACAACUACCACUGCCACCUCGACGUCUCUCUCCACAACUUCAACUUCUCCUUCAGCAACUACCACGACCCACGAGCCGAAAACCAUCACUGUGCAAGACACAUCAACAGAAAGAGUGACAGUGACAAUUUCCGGCCCAACAGUUACCAUCACCCCAGCCUUAUCAUUUACCAGCGCAAGCACAACACCUACACCCACCGAAGAUCCCAUAGAAACAAUCACGAUCCAUAACACAGCAAUCGAAAGCGUCACGGUGACUAUCCCUGGUCUGACUAUCACAGUCACACCGACGCCGACAAGUAUGGCUUUGAGCCCUACUUCGACCAUGCCAGGUGCAUUAUCCGUGAUUCCAGUCACGCCCACCAAUUUCAUCACAAUCAUUGAGACAGAGACUGUGACGACCACUGCUACUAUGACGAUCACGACGUUCUAG